UACCUCUCUCGGAACAGCAUGGCGCGACGCACGAGGAGCAGCAGGGCCUGGCACUUCGUCCUGAGCGGGGUGCGGCGUGAGGCAGACGCCCGGGCAGUCGCCUUGGCCACAGGCGCGCGUGGCUGGGGCUACGACUCCGACGGGCAGCACAGCGACUCGGAUUCAGAGCCGGAGUUUUCCUCCCUCUCGCCUUCCAUCCCGAGUGCCAUCCCUGUGACUGGAGAGUCCUACUGCAACUGCGAGAAUCAGAGCGAAGCACCCUACUGCUCCAGCCUCCAUGCCCUCCACCGCAUCAAGGACUGCCGGUGCGGCGAGGAGGAUGAGUAUUUUGACUGGGUAUGGGACGACCUGAAUAAAUCAACAGCCACCCUGCUGACCUGUGACAAUCGCAAGGUGAACUUCCACAUGGAGUACAGCUGUGGCACCGCCGCCAUCCGGGGCAACAAAGAGCUGGCAGACGGGCAGCACUUCUGGGAGAUCAAGAUGACCUCGCCUGUCUAUGGCACAGACAUGAUGGUGGGAAUUGGGACGUCGGAUGUGAAUCUGGACAAGUACCGCCACACCUUCUGCAGCCUGCUAGGCAAGGACGAGGACAGCUGGGGACUCUCCUACACAGGACUGCUGCAUCACAAGGGAGACAAAACAAACUUCUCCUCGAGGUUUGGCCAAGGCUCCAUCAUUGGGGUGCAUUUGGACACGUGGCACGGGACACUCACGUUCUUCAAAAACCGCAAGUGCAUUGGGGUUGCAGCCACGAAGCUGCAGAACAAGAAGUUUUACCCCAUGGUGUGCUCGACGGCGGCCAAGAGCAGCAUGAAGGUGAUCCGUUCCUGCGCCAGCUGCACGUCCCUCCAGUAUCUGUGCUGUUACCGCCUGCGCCAGCUCCUGCCCGACUACGUAGACACGCUGGAGGUGCUGCCGUUGCCACCGGGACUCAAGCAGGUGCUACACAACAAACUGGGGUGGGUCUUGAGCAUGAACUAUAGCACGUCGAAGCCUUCCUCCUCCUCGUCUUCAGGAAGCGACUCAGAUAGCUCUUGUGGCUCAGAUGCAGAGGCCUGCCAAAGGAAGAGGUGCAGGAGGACAUAAUGUCUGCAGACGAACUGCUGUCAGGGAGUCGGGUGGGGUUUUGUCCUGUCAUCUGCGAGGGCUGGCCAGGCCUGAUGCACCUCUUUCUUCACGGGGAUUUCCACUUCUACUCGUUUGCAAAGAUUUCUCCUGGGCUGUCAGAAAUCUUUCGCCGAAACAUCCAGCAUGUCCAUUGAAAAGACCUGUUGACUCCAAGACGUCCCAGCUCUGUGAAACAGGUAGACUGCAGCCAAAUAUCUGA